CGGAAACAGCAAAGAAACCGGAAAUGAUCUCAGAGAAAUGUAUGAUCCAAAGGCCUUCUGGGAAUACGUACAUCAAAGAUGGCGACCAAACCGGCAGUUCAGAUAUUCUCCUUAUUUCUUGCACUUUUCAACUGGAGAUAAGGUCGCCCAGAAAAUUUAUGAGGACUUAAGAGAGAUACGUCCGUGUGUGAUACUGACUAAUGCAACACAUCAGAUUGGAUGUACUUCUAGUAUGAAUGGCCAUGUUGGAGUACUUCACUUCAUUGAAAAUAUAAGUGAUGUGGAAUGGAUAAUUCAGGAAGGGAAACAUCACCCAUACAUUGCUUUGUUCAGAUCAGACCAGUUUGAUCUUAAGAUGCUUAAUCCGCUGAUAGAAAAUAAAAAGAUUAGUGGAGCUCUGGUCAUAGCUGUUCCAUCAGGAAAACACCGAUACACUCCUGAAGUGUAUUCUCCUGACUAUGCAUGCCCUAAUGAUAAUUUUGGGGUUUACAGUAACAAUGAAGUAUAUAAAGACUGUAAAGAGCUAAAAUGGAAUGACGGUGUAAAUGGUCAAACCAGAAUUUUCCAGUAUUUGUUGGUCUUAUUGGUCCCCUNGCCUAAUCAGAAAUUCAAGUGCACUAAGCUUGCAAAGAUUCCAAUCCAAAAUUUUUUAUGUAAACAAUAUGACUAUCCACUGUGCGCUGCACAGCUGAAGGACUUUAUGUAUGCUGCUAAAGACACUCCGACCUGUAUCAGAAAGACAAAUAUGCCCAACCCUAUUGGCAAUGAGUUCUGUCAGCCACUUGGAGACAUGAAUGUGUGGGGAACAUUGUAUCCAAUUAAGAAGAACAAAGAGGUUGUGAUGCUAGCUACUAAGCUGGAUUCCAGUUCAUUUUUUCAUGAUUUAGCUCCAGGAGUAGAGAAUGAUGGCACAGGGAUAAUAGUAGCACUAGCAGCAGCCAAAGCACUUGGUGCUGCGAAAAGAAAUGGCUCAGUAUCAGCACCCAAGGAUCCCAUCAUGUUUACAUUUUUUCAAGGGGAAAGCUGGGAUUACAUUGGUUCAUCACGAAUGGUUUACGACAUGGACAGUGGCACAUUUCCCAGUGAUCCAUGGAAGGUUGACGGGAAAGAGGUUCAUUUGAAUACGAGCAAUAUCAAAUAUUUCCUGGAACUUAAUCAAGUGGGCCUUGUAGAGGAUGCGCCUCAAUUGUGGGCACAUUCUGAUCCAGUCUCCAGGAAGAACACUCCACUCACUGAUACUAAGGUUAAAGAAAUGCUAGCUAUUCUUGAAGAAGCAGGAAAUAAAUACAACGUGGGUAUCAAGGAACCUGAGCUGCUACUGCCAUUGCCCCCUGCUUCUUUCCAGAGAUUCUUGAAGUCAAACGACAAAAUCCCAGGAAUUGUUUUAACAGACCAUGAAAAUAAGUAUAACAACAAAUUUUACAAUAGUCGUUUUGAUGAUCUUUACCAAGUGGGAGGAAAUUACUCUAAGGAGAAAGACACAGUUUACCUUAUCACAGAAUUUACAAAGAAACUCACCAAAAUCUCCUCAACAGUAGCUACAGCUCUAUACACGCUCGCCAAUGAUGGAGACCCUCCUAAGGAUGAUAUCAAGGCAGAUGACGCACUGGUUGGUCACCUUGUUUAUUGCCUGUUCAACCGCUCCAAUUGCCCUCUAUAUCAUGAAGUUUCUGAUAGCAAUAAGACAUGGGGUAAAUUUAACACAACGUCCAACAGUUUAAAACCGUUUUCACGUUACGUAAGCGUCAACGGUACAAGCAACGCUUUGACACAAACCAUUUAUCGCGUUCUAUUGUAUUUCACUGGUUAUCACUUUCCCAAGAGCGAAGAUUGUUCCGGUUCUGCGGGUGUUGCUAGUGCUACAAUAUUAGGAAAGGAUCUGCAAGGCAUUUGUGUGAAAGGUUCUGUUUUCCUGUCACCCGCUGUGUCUCCAGCAUUUCUCUUGGAACAGUACGAUUCAACUGAAUAUUCGACAUGGGCUGAAAGCACAUGGGGCGAUCUUGCAGUUCGAGUCUUCCUUGUUGCAAGUCCUGAACUGCAGGGUGUAACACUAGGUGCAGGACUGAUAAUCACCUUCGUAUCAUUUGUACUUGUGUACUUCAUAAACAAGAAGGCCGACCUGAUCUUCACACCCACCGAUCCUCUCAGUUCUGACCUUCACGGUUAAACCUUCCACUCCAUCCUGGCCCGACGAUGACCAGUUUGAAAAUCCUCCUCACGGUUAAACACUUUGCCAAAAUUGAGUAAGCAUGUUAUAAGAAUCGAGCUGAUCAAUUAGAUUCUUCUAAGGAGACAUAAGGAAAUGUAUGGGAAAUAGUAAUGAGAGGUUGAAGCUAAUCUCGUAUUGACAAGUAUCAGAGGUCGAGGCUAUGACGUACAUGGUGCAGGCAGAUGUGAAAGGUUUCGUUACAAGAACUAAAUGGAGAAAGAAAACGUGUCGAGAACACUUGGGAAUGUUGGAGAGAAUCGUUAACAAAGCUAUUGCGCUGCAUCAGCUGGCAAGUGAAAAUAUGGAAUUUAUUGCCUGAUAAGUCCGGACGAAAAAUUACCUUAUCAUUAGACAAUCUUGUGUCUGAGUUGGACCUGAGCCCGCAGUUAGUUGUAAAAGGGGUUGCUAAGCAACGUGAUGUUAGAUGAAAGGCUGACGUCAGAGUUCUCAAGAUGGUCAAGCUUUUUUCCUUGUUGUUACCGUUAAAUUCAUAAAGUUGCCUCUUUUUAACAAUAAAAUGUUCUGCUCGCUUUCGAUUUCUCUUUUGCUUUCUCCCAGAAAUAGUAGAAGUUAGUUGUGAAGUGAGAAUCAAAGUUAACUGAUAUUUUGGAGAAAGCAAAAGAGAUCAGACCUUGGGAAUGAACUGGAGAAAAAAAAAAUCAAACUUUAUUCGAAUCCGGUGGCUUAUAGGAGGUAAUUAUCUAUUUUUCUAUUUAAGAAGGUUAGUUUUUUAGACCUAACAUCCCUCAUCUUUGUUCUUCGGAUUCCAGAAGUGAUGCUUGAAGUGGGGCUCCAGAAAAGCAUAAAAAUAUUACCAGAACAAAGAAACCUUAGGCUUGGGCUAGUAAAAAAUAUUUUAAGCCAACGUACCCGUCACUGCUUAUUUACAAAGUAUGCGAUGGUUAACAAAUGAUAAGACUUCUAAGCUAGACGUGGAGAUUCACUGGAAUAGAAACUAUCACAAUUAUCAUUAUCAUCAUCGUCCUCGUCAAUUCCUUUGGGACCCCCUGUGGGGAAAAGGGCGGGAAAAUCUUUCUUCCAAUACGUGACUGUCCUGUCAGCUGCCAACCAGCCCUAAUGCUGAUACCCAAUUGAAUUCUCCUUACAACUUCAAUACAAUGUCCAGCAGAAGGAUGAUUAGAAUUUAGAGUCAUCAGUUAGGGUAUAUUGUCUUGAUGUAGCCAAAUUUUCAGAAAUUAAAGUACCACAAAAUUAUAGAAAGCGCAAGGAGAAUUUUACGAAACAAUAAAGCUUUCAAGGUCUUUGCCCUUGCAAUGAAUAAUUGUUCAAUUAAAUGAUUAUUUGUGAUAGAGCGGUUUUCAAUUGAGUGUCGAAAGUAAUAGACAAUUACUUUGGUUUUGGUUUUACUACGGUUUGAAAUUCGUCUAAUUAUGUCUAAUUGGUAAGUAAUUGGUAAGGUCCUAGUCCUAGUUUUACGAGACUCAAUUAAAAACCGCACUAGAUUGCUAUUUAAAGAGAAGUUUAUACUUCUUAAUCGGUUGUAAAUAACUAGCUUCUUUGUUAUUUUGUAUCAAGACGUAUAUUUUCGAUUUUUGCGUUUAUUAGUUUUUUAUCGUUAAAACUUAAAUGCCAGCUACUAUUGUAGAUAUUUCACUUCAGCUGCUAAAAGCCACUUGUAAGUGCGACCAAAACCGCAGGUCAACCAUUGUGUGAAAUUUGCUUACAAUAGGAGUGGAACUUUGAUAUAACGAAAUCUCCCGGUUUCAUUUUUUUUUUUCAUUCCAUUCGAUAUUCAAUAUAUUAAACAGUUAGAAUGCUGAACAUUUUCUGUGUUUACAUAUAUAUAAAAAACGAAACAUAUUCAUUAUAUCAAAGUUUUACACUUUAAAAUAAUUGCUUUACAUUGCUAAAUGUUGUUCAAGGCAUGUCACUCUGUAAGGAACAUUAAACGUUUUCUUUCAUAAA